CCGGGCCGGACCCGCGCCUCCUGCUCCUGCCCCUGCCCCCGCGGCUACCGGGCCAUGGCCCGCGUCCUCCCCGCGUCCUCCCGCCGCGGACCGGACGGGCCACAGGUGGUGCGGGCGCCGCUCGCCGCCGGGAAAUGCGAGCUACCUGGGCAGGACUCCCAGAAGCCCUCCACACCCAGCUAUGUGCUGAAGGCGGCGCUGGGCAAGAAGGGGAAGGUGGCCCUGGCGUGGCCGCCGCUGUCCCGGUCCUGGAAGAGGGACCGUGAGCAGGCUCUGGCCGCAGCCUACAUGCCGGUGGUGGUGGACCUCAGGGGCCAGAGCCAGGACAAGUUCACCUUCAACUUCUACACCUCCCAGUACCCCAACACGCUGAGCCCCUUCUGCACCAUGCAGAAGCCCACGUGCGGCUACCUGUACCGCCGGGACACGGACCACACCCGCAAGCGCUUAGACAUGCCUCCCGCCAAUGCGGUCCUGUGGCGGUCCUAGCCCUGUGCCAGCCAGAGGCCCGCCUGCCCCUUGCCCAGGACCCCCGUCCUGGGGGGAAGAGGCUGCGCACCCCAGCGGCGGGGGGCCGUGAGGGGCUGGGACAGCCGUGCCCGUGACACCUGUGCCGUGCCCACUGUCGGCACUGGCAAAGGGAGGUCUCUCUUCUUGGCACCAAUUAAAGUCUGUUCUUCCUUUCGUUGG